AUGGCCACGCCGUCUAAUGGUAUUGUCGAUCAUCCCACUAAGGCUCUGGCGACAUUCUACAAGACGAUAAUCAUGUGUGACUCGACGGCAUAUGUGGACGUUAGAAGGUUUCGAGAAGGGUCUCACGCCAACAAGGUCCGAGAUCCGCAUGCCUUUGCUGUUGUCUUCAAAGUCACCCUCACCCUCUUGCUCCUGUCGACAUAUCCGAGACAUGGCGCCAGCUACGGAAGACCCAGGUGUCCGAAGCGCCAAAACUCCGCGUGA